AUGUUGACUUCUAUUAUUGCUCUCUUAGCCGCUGAAAAACUUAAUGACGAUAAUCAUAAACAAUGGAAAUCGAACCUAAAUACUAUACUCGUGAUAGAUGAUCUCAGGUUUAUCUUGCAAAAGGAUUGUCCUCAAGCUCCUGCAUCUAACGUUGUUAUGGCGGUACGCAAUGCGUUGCCUAUGACCGGUGGAUCGAAGCCAGCAACGAGGCCAAUGUCUAACUCUUGGCAAGCAUAUCUAAUGUACUUGUUAAGAAGCGAGAACAUGGUCACUGUUAAGGAGAUCAUGGACUCGCUGCAAAGCAUGUUUGGACAACCAUCCUCAGAGGGUCGACAUGAAACCGUUAAGUUCAUCUAUAACUCCUGCAUGAAGGAGGCUAAUCAGUGCGAGAACACAUUCUCAACCUGA